UCACUGUUCAGUCUUUGAGAGUGCGCGAAUGAUAGAGGACAGUUUACGCUGUGUUUAAAACCUAUCUGUAUGUUGAGUCGUGCUAAGUCAGUUACGAGAUCAAAUGUUGAAACUGAGGUGCGAUUAUUUCAAAAUUCCAUUGCGAUACUUUUGUUCGAUUGAUUAAGAUUCAACCAAUGAGUUCAUUGAAGAUCAUUACCUCUUCGAUUGUUCAUAGUUAUAAUAUCUAAGAAAGGCUUAUUUUCCAUUAUUUGUUUAGGAAGCUUUUAUUCACGCAUUUCUUAAAACAUGUUAUUUAUCAUAAAGUGUUUUUAUAAAUAGAUACACACAAAAUUUUACUUUGUUAAAAAUCUAAAUAAAAGUGCGGAAGUUCGAACUCAGCUCAAAGCCACCUGCGAGAUUUUGUAUAUGUGUAAACUCGUAUACGUGCAUAUAACUGCGAACGUCAUUUUUGGUGACAGAACUACGGCUUACGGAUUUCACCCAGCAGAAGGCACUUAAAGUACAGACUUACAAUUUCUCAGUUAAAUAAAAAACAAAAAAGCUAUGGCAGUGAUAACAAGAAGUGAAAAUAUAGAAAAGCCCCUUCCAGAAGGUAUAGAAAAAGUCGAUAAACAUAAAAGCGUUCCAGUUUCUGUGGGUGAAUUCUUUGCAUACAAAAAUGUUUUUAUAACUGGUGGAACUGGAUUUUUGGGAACUGUUCUGAUAGAAGCUUUACUCGACACACAUCCAGAUAUUGGUAUUAUCUACGUAUUAGUUCGAGGUAAACGUAAAGUUGAUCCAAAUGAAAGAAUAACACGACUUCUCCAGAAACCAAUUUUCCAAAAAUACAAUGAAACCGUUCUCCAAAAAGUGGUGCCUGUUGUUGGUGAGCUCAGCGAACCAAAUUUUGGAUUCAAAAAUGAUCUUCUGGAGGAACUUGCAGAUAAAGUUAAUAUCAUCUACCAUAGUGCUGCGACCAUAAAAUUUAGUUCACCACUUCGAACAGCAAUUCGAACAAACCUUACUGGAACGAUGAGAACGAUUGAGUUUGCAAAGAAACUUAAGAAUCUUUCUGCUUACAUUUACUGUUCCACGGCCUUUUGCAAUAGCAAUAACCGUGGUCUUAUCAUGGAAGACGUCUACAAAUCUCAAUACGAUCCUUACGAAAUGAUGAAAAUGGCAGAGGAUGAAACUUCUUGGGUAGAUUUUACAGAUGCAAAGUGCAAGGAAAUCAUACGUGACCAUCCUAACACCUACACGUUCACAAAAAAUCUAGCAGAAAAUCUCAUGAUUUCCGAAAUGUCGGGAUUGCCUGCAGCCAUUGUUCGACCUUCUAUUGUUUAUGGAACUUGGGAGCAUCCAAUAGAAGGGUGGGUAGGAAACGCGAACAGUGGUCAUUUGGGCUUUCUGGCAGGCUUCAUCAAGGGUGUCUUCAGAACGAUGUGUGGAAAAGCAUCUUCUGUAAUCGAUAUAAUUCCAUGUGACUAUGUUAUUAAUGCUUCCCUUGUGAUGGGUUGGUAUGUAGGCACACGAAAACUCGACGUUCCAGAAGUUAUACAUUGCACAUCAGGUGAAGUAAAUCCAUUGACGCUGGGAGAACUUUCAGAUAUUAUGAACGCAAGUGUUAAGCGACACCCACCUGAUAAUUUCGUCUGGAAACCGAAGACAAAACUUAGAAAUGGUUGGAGAUACAAUCUCUUUUUCUAUUUAUUCCACAUGUUGCCUGCCAUGAUAUUUCAUAUUCCGGAAAAAAUUUUACCUAUUGGGAUGCCACAACAUACAGCUUUAGAGUAUAUGCGAGUUUUCAAUAAGGGAGCAAAAGCAUUUGAUUACUUCCUUGAUAGAGAUUUUCGUUAUUCACUGAAAAACGCUUUGCAAAUAAUGUCAGUGUUGAAUGAAAAAGAUAAGAAACGAUAUAAUUUUGACUCAACACUUUGCGAUUGGUCUGCAUUUAUAGAUCGCUGCUUGAUAGGAGUGAGAAGAUUUUAUUUCAGAGAGUCUGCUGUAACGACAUCGUGGCAUCGAAGAUAUUGGACGAUAUUCGAAGUUCUCUACUAUGUGGGAUAUGCUCUUAUUUUUGCCGCCAUAUUUGGUAUUUUGAAAACUUUAGUUGGUUUUUACGCUGGACUUCCAAUAGCUGUAUUAGUGUGGGCGUUCUUGUUUUGGUUAUGAUGAGAUGAGAUAAGAAAAAAAAAUAAUUUAAUAAGUUAUGGUAGCUUAAGAAAACAAUGUAUCGCUUUUCGUAGGUAUAAAAAUAAAACAAAAUAAAUAUAUAAAUGCUUU